CGUACGGAUCGUGACGCGACUGCUGUGAUGCAAAGGUUAGAAAAAGGAGAGGAAAAAAAAGAAAGGAAAAAAAAACUUGUUACAAGAUGGCGACGAAGAACUGCCAGUACACUGGAAAACAAUAGAAACGGCAGCAACGGAGCGGAGUUUUAUCCUGUUCGGCGCUGCGGUUUCCUUUUCGUCGCCGGCCGGGGACCUGCCGCCGCGGCCCGCGGGGCGAGCGACUUCUGAGAGGCGCUUAACGGAGCGAGAGUGAUUUUCAUCCCGCUUUUGUUAUGAGGCGAGUUAGCUUAGCCCGCUAGCCCGCUAGCCCGCUACAUCCGUAGCUUCGCUCAGCGCCGUCCAGCGACCCGAGCUUCAGCACAGCGGAUCAGCUGUUAGCCAGCUAGCUGUUUAAAAAAGUUUCUAAAAGUCGGCGAGCUCGAGUUUUAAUCCGCACGGCUAUGAUAUGCGAGGUUUUUUCGCUUUCUCGGGAUUUCUUUUAACGCGGUCGCCGUUUCUGCCUCAGAAAUGUACCUCGUUUCGAAGUUUUGUUUGAAAGUCCACUCGCGAGUGAGUGGCUAGCUUAGCCCGCUGAGGUACGUUUUUGGAAACGUAGGUAAUCGUCCGUUAAAAAAAGCUGAAGAGGCGAGCAAACUUCUGUACUUUUUCUUUGCUUUUCCUACAAGCCGCACACGUUCGCUGUGGUGAUUUUAGUUCGGUAGCGUUAAUUAUGUGGAGCUUACCGCUGUUUCGAGGCUAGCUAACCUAGUUAGGCACAAAACAUCGAAGUUUAAUCCGCGCUGACCGAGUUUGCUCAGCUCAGCCCCGUGAGUGAAAGUUUUUGAAGAGUCCAGUUGGGCUAAAGGGUAGUUUGGGCUAACACACACUGCCGUCCGCCAAAGUCAAGCCAGUAAACCGUACUUACGGCUGUGUGAUCUUCUUUUUUAAACUCUAUUUUUAAAAGAGUCGCGGAGGUUUUUUUUUACAUAUCAUGGCUGGUAGCUUAACUUCUACCAUCAUUAUGCCCUGCUUGUUGGUGAAGUUGGUCCUGGGGCCUCACUUUGCGCUUCGUUAUUUGCUUUCCGAGUAGACUGACUUGGUAGAUUAAGUCACUUUUUUGGUUGUUCAUCGCUGCUGUUAAGAAUAGUCAGUGGAAAAAAAACAACUUUGAUUUGUGGUUUUGUUGCACGGACAGGCAGUGAUUUGUAUAGAUAAGGUAACGCGCCGAUGUGCGUCUAACUAAACUGGCCAGCAUUUAACGCCAGCCCGCUAAACUAUGUUCGGAUCUCUUUUGCUGUGGUGAAGCACUAGUCGGCAAAUAUUGACAAAAAUGGAGGCAGUCGAGUGUGUUUUGUAAAGGCAGAGUAGGAGGGGGUGAAUAGUCGCCCACACAGCGAAGGAAAGCAGCAGAAUCAGCAGUACAACUUGCUUGUAUCCGGAGCUCUGCUGACUUAAAAGAAGGGAAAAAAGCUCCACCACCACCACGCUGCUCCGUAACGAUGGCGGAUUUCGUGGUGCCGCGCCACAGCGCGGUGAUGGAGCGGCUCCGCCGGCGCAUCGAGCUCUUCAGGCGGCACCACAACAGCUGCGAGAACCGCUACGAGGGCACGGCAGUGGAGCGCAUGGAGCUGGAGAGACAGCAGACUUUCGCGCUGCACCAGCGUUGCCUGCAGACCAAGGCCAAGCGCUCCAACAAACACCGGCAGCAGGGGCCGGCGGCUGCGGCCAGCGAGCAGGCGGGGCAGAGGGCACCUGGCACAGUGGGGACGAACACCGAGUUGCCGGAGGGCGGCGGGGCGCCUGGAGAACAGAGCAGGAACAGCACUCUGAUUGCGUUGCAGGAAACUGUGAAGAGGAAGCUGGAGAAUGCAGGCUCUCCAAUGGACCGUGACCAGGUGAAUGGUUUCAGUGAUGGCUAUCCACCUUCCAAGAAGUCUUGUUUGGAAGAUGCUUUGGGUGGUCUCAACGGGGCCUCGAACGGCACCGUGCCUCCUCUCUCUCCCUUGGAUACCAAGCAUGGCGUGGUCACUGACUCUCUGGUGCUGAACGGCACACAUGCAACAGGCAGCACGGAGCAGAACGGUGUGGGGCUGACGGAUGGAUGUGGGGUGCGGGGCACCGAAUCGGACAUCCGCCUGAAGGAGAUGAAGCAGGAGCCCAUGGAAGACAUCCUGCCCACAGGAGGAGGCAAUGGCAACAUCAUCCUCCCUGACCUGAACCUGAACGAGCAGGAGUGGACCGAGCUCAUGGAGGAGUUCAACCGCUCUGUUCCGUACGAGGAGAUCCAGGAGCUCUUUAACGACGGCUUUGAGGACCGGAAGGACCCUGACCUGUCGUCUGGCGGGGCGCCUCCCAACCUCCUGCCUCCAGACCACGCCACUACAGUCAAAACAGAGUUUUCUCCAGCCCCGGCUUCAUCUUCCUCCGCUUUCGAGCAGGACUCUCGUACUGGCUCCCCACAUGUUCCGCCCUCCUCGUCUGGGCCUCUGCUGCACACUGGCUCUCCAGUCACGGCACCCUCAGCUGCCUCUUCUCCGGCUCUGCCUGGGCCCCAGCAUUCUCAACAGCAGCAGCAGCAGCCGGGCCAGCCGUCCAGACCUCUCCAGAACCACCUGCUUUCUGGGCCAUCCAAGGACCUCUCGCCAGCUCAGCAGCUACAGCAGCUAGCUGCGAGGGAGCAGCAGAGGGCGCAGCUAAUGCAGAGCCAGCACCAAUCACAAAAACAACAGCAACAAAAACAGCAGCAGCAACAGCAGCAGCAAGCACACAAAUUUCACCAGCAGCCCAAUCACACCUCCACCUGGCCUCAAAACACUCCCAACCAGAGUCCACUGGGAGGCCCUUUUGGCCUGGAAAAGCCCACCAGCCCCUCCCUUUACCCCCCAGACUUUCAGAACAGCAAGUCUCUGCUCAUGCCUGGCCAGCAGCCCAACAAAGGCUCGCCCAAAGCGGGCGCCCCGGGUGGGUACAUGCAGCCCGGCGCACACCCAAUGCUGGGUCACCCUGCAGCACCUUCAGGAACCCUCAGCCACCCGCCUAGUGCAGGGGGUCAGGCCAUGCUGGACUAUAGAAACACAAAGCCUCUGAGCCACUUUGAAGCCAGUGCCCCUGGGCCACCCAGAGCCCCUGCAGCCUCACAGGUACAGAACAAAGCAGCUCUCCUCAACAUCAUCCGGCAGCAGCAGCAGCAGCAGCAGCAGCCAAUGAAGCAAAGGCCGACUAGCAUGCCCUUCAGGCCGCAUCUACCACUAACGCAGCAGGAGCCAGGUACUUUCCCUUCAGGUCCCCAUGUCCCGGGUCCUGGCGGCACCAUGGCAACACAGCCAGGUGGCAGCGGCAUGCCGACUAACCACAGUAACGUGUCCUAUCUGAGUGGCCUGCAGAAACAGCAGCAGCAGCAGAUGCAGAUGAUUUCACAGCAAAAAUUCCUCCUGGGACAACAGAGGCAGUUACUGGCAGAGCAGGAGAAGCAGCGGCAGCAGGAGCAGCAACUGCAGAGGCACCUGACCCGUCCGCCACCUCAGUACCAGGACCAACAGAACCCCUCUGCCCAGCAGAACCCAUUCCAGCAGCAGCAACAGGUCUCACAGUUUCCAGGUUCAUCUCAGCCUAUGGGCAACGUGAACUCCCUCGGCGGCGCCGCCCCCAGCGCUCAGCGUCUGUUCUCACAGGCGCAAGGUAUAAUAGGAAUGGGUCAGGGAGGAGGCCCCGCCCCUGGUGCCCCUCCUACUGCCAGUCAAGCGGACAUGAGCCUACCAUCCUGCGCAGGCGGACUUGAUGUGCAGCAGGUUCUGUAUGGCAACAUUUCGAUGCACCCAUCCCACCCUAACCAGCAGAGACUGCCUGUGUCAGCCAUAACUGCGGCCUACAGACAGAGCGCUCUGGCCCAGCAGCACUCCCAUCUGAAGAGUCAGCCCAAUGCUGCCUUGCUGAAACAGCAGCAGCAGCAGUUAGCUCGCCUGCCCAACAGUAUGCCCAACACACUAGCGAACAACAUGAAUUCAGCCAUGUCCGGCUCCAUGUCCAGCAGUAUCCCAGGGGCGAUGCCACCACAAGCCCAGUCCUGGCAGCAGCAGCAGCAGCAACAGCCUCAUCCUGCUCUGCAGCAGGGCAUGGCAGGUCAGCCGAAUCCCAGCAACAGCGGCAUGCCUUCUGGCUUCCCCAGCUCUGGAUUCCACAUGCAACCACGGAUGCCUAAGCUGCCCAACAGCGCUCAAUUCACUCAGGCUGGUAUGGGGAACGGUGCGGCCAGCAGGGCCAUGACAGGCAUAAACCCUGGGCAGAUGAUGCCCAACAUGACCCAGCAAAGGACCAACAAUGCUGGCAUGGGGCAGCAACUGCCUCCUCCCAACCAGCAGCAGCAGCAGCCCCAGCAAGGACAGCAAGCGCCACCUCAGUCGCAGCAAGUGCUUCCUGACUUGGGGGCUUUCGGGCAGCCGCAGGGCACUCAGGUGCCCAACCGCACUGCAGGCAUGCCGUGCAACCAGGCCUACCAGGUCAACCAGUCAGCCGGUCAGCAGCUGCAGUUUGGCUACAGCUCCCAGCCGGGUGGCAGUUUACCAAGCUUCCCCGGGGAGAAUGACCUGGUGGACUGGAAGAACCAAUCGACCCAGGAGUGGAUGGACGAUCUGGAUGCGCUGUUGGCCAAUCAUCAGUGAUUUUUGUGAUCACAUUAGCCAAUGACAAACUUGCAUUAUCCAGCCAAGGGGUGUGAUACAGGAGUGCUAAAGACUUCGUCAGUGAGUUCUCCAGACAGUUGUCAGAGUAGGGUGAAAUUGCUGGCUGUACUAUGGUCAGAACUGCUGUUUAUUUGUUUUGGGGUUUUUUAUUGCGUAUGUAUACGUGAUAUGUAUAUAAUAUAAGACGCGUGUGGAGCACAGGACCAAAAGCCUGUGUAUAUUGAGUAUUCCCAGGGCUGGAAUGAAAUUGUAGAGGGAAAAAAAAAACAUUCUACUACUGAACCUGUGGCUCAGUACUAAAACCACUGAAUCAUACCCAAAUGUGAUGGGUCAACACACACACACACACACACACACACACACACACACACACACACACACACACACCACUCACUCACUCACUGCUUUUUUGCCUUGUUUUGCUGUUAAGCUGCAGCCAGACUACCUACUUUUGCCUGAAUCUGUUUUCCAUUGCUUGUGUCGUAGCGCAGGGGCCAGACUGGGAGAGGUCUGAAUAUUCCCUGUUUUUCGCUACGGACGUGGACUAUGUUUGAUGUCAUAAACCCUUAUACUGACAUAAGAGAUACUUAGACCCUUUACGUAUAGUCCCACAAGCCUUAGUCCUGCAUCAGUGGCCUUGAGGUGAAUAUCUUCGAUGAACACAUUUAGGACUGAUUUAAAGGUAACGAGGAAAAGUAGAGGGGGAGGUUUCCUUUCUCCCUGUUUUGUGUUUUGACUUGGCACCAGAAUCUCAACAGUUGUAUUGAUUCUUUGCUUACUGAACGUGACGAGUUAACAUGCUCUGUGGAUCAGCAGCGAGGCUGAGGCUGAGGCUGGCGAAUAAACGGUUCAGAGUCGAGGGCCCACUGGCUGAAGCAUUACACUACAACACUAACAUGAAAACACAUAGAAGACCGUCUCAUCGUUUCUCUUUGACAUGUUACACUAAAGCAGAACCUGUUCCUCCGUCAUGUUUCCAUGACGGGGCAAUAUGCCGUAGAUUAAGACGGUUACCUUUUCCCCCCCCUCCCGGCCCCUCCCCAUCCUUCCCUUCCUUCGUGUUACAUUGGGGUAGGUGGAUCGUUCCAACCUGAGAAAUGAGUGGGUGUUUGUUCGGGGUUUCAGCUUACUGUCUGCAUCUAAGAAGCGUGCUCGUUUCAGUAUCUGACAGGGCUUCUUGUUUAUUUAUAUAUAUUUUUUGUAUGUAUGCGUUUCCUAAUGUUCUGGAGAAGAUAGAUCUUAUUUUUAUAUGUACAUUGUUGCGAAUUUUUGUAAGUAUUUUAUACUUUUUAUUAUUGUUCUCUGCAAAAACAAGAGUAUUAUGUAAAUAUAGUUCUUUAGAAACA